CUAUUGUUGCUGAUUUGUUUGGGAUCUAAAAUUGAGCGCCAGUUGUCUCGGUUUCGUGCUGCUAAUGAAUUUGUAUAUUUGUGGAUUUGAAACAAUAACGGCUUUAUUGUUUUGUUUCAUCUGUUCGAAGUUUCGCCCGUUUGCAGUAUUUUUUACAAAACAAAUGAAUGAUGGCUAUUGAAGCAACCAUAGUUGAACAGCUUCAAGAGCUUCGAAGAUGGCAGUUACAGCAGCAAGAGGAACUUAUAAGACAUCAACAAGAACAGAGAGAAAUGCUUAGUAAUGAGCAGAAUCGUAUGUUUGAAGCAUUGAGUUUGUCAGUUGAUGAGAUGAGUUUAAGUGAACAGUCGCUACAAGAUUUAAUAGAAGGUCAUAAAAAGGAAAACCAAGAAAAGGAGUCUAAUUUAAUAGAUCUUGACACACCUGAUGAAGAGUACUCAUCGCCAGCACCUCCAAGAAGUAAACAUUUUUCUCAAUACGUUGCUCUGACUAAAGAAACAAAUAAUAACAAGAACUUAAAUCUCAAAGUACCUAUAGUGCAAUUAGCUAUGAGAAAUACUAAGACUGAUUUGAAACCAAAUGUAGAAUAUAAUAACUCAUUUGAUCAACACGAUUAUAGUUCAGAAGUUUCAAUGGAUGGUGUACACUCAUUUUCUUGUCUGAAAUCUGAGAAGUCACGUAUCCCAAUAGACGAUUUACCAGUACCAUCACCUAAGAAAGACUUCAAUACAUUGCUGGAAGAAAGAUUAAAGGAUGCCGAAGCUCAAGAUGUGGAGAUUAAGAGUAAGUCAGUAGUUAAAAGGCCUUUUCUUAAAAAAGGUCAAGGUCUUGCCAGGUUUAUGCCAGGUUCAAAUAAUGAAAAAAAAUGUAAAAAUACCUUAAGACCCAGAAGUGCUUCAUUUACUGGUACACAGUCUAAUAAUGCAAAAUCUUCGAAAACAACAAAUCUUGGUAGAUGUAACUCUUUACCGAGAUCAAAAAAGCACGAUACCACUAAAAAGUCCAUUUCAAAUAUUGCACCUGUUGCUCAACAAAAAUUAACUCUAAAAAAUGUUCCUCCACCUCGAAAGAAACCCAGUAGAUCUAUGAGUUCUACUCAUCAUAGCCCAAGUAAUUUUGAGAAGAAAAAAUCUACAGAGAUAGUAUCUGAUCCAAAUAGUUCUGAUCUUGAAAUUAAAAGCAAAAAAGAAUUGGAGGAAGUCAGAAUUUUUGAACUUCUUGAAGAUAAAGCUGAGAAUUCAAGUUUCUGUUCAACAUCCAGUACAGUUAUAGCUUUCUUACAACAGUCUACACCUUUAAAGCAAAAAGCUCUUUUGCACAGUGCAUCCAAGCAAAAACUUUCACUCAGUGAUAUAGGAGACGAAACAUUGGAAGAAAUCAUUCGUACAACUACAUCAAAUAAUGUUCCCAAGAUACAAUUUAAUGGAAAGCCUAUAAAACCAAAAGUUUCAAACUGGGAAGACAUUCCAAUUACACAAUUAAAAAAUGAUAAGACAAUCACUGGAACUGUACUCCCAUAUGGGACUGAUGUUGAUUUAAAUUAUGAUAAAUAUGAUUCCGAUAAAAGAUCAAAUCAGGAUCAAAACAAUGUCAGUCUUCAUGUUCGAUUUUCUGAGUAUAAUGAGUACAAAACAAUGACAGAUACUUCCAGUAUUUCAAGUGAUUCACAAACUGUGAUAAAUUAUAUGAAUGACAAAGGGGCUUGGUCUGAUUGUUCAGCAACUCCAGAUUCUUCAGACGUGGAAAGCAUUGUUUCAUUGCAAUCGCAAGUUAAUAACAAAAAUUACGAAAACAAUAACAGAGAUACUUUAAAUUUUUUAAAAAAGGAUCAAGAUGAUAGUGAUGAAAAUGAAACUAUAAAUGGGGAAAAUAACGAAGAAAAUGUUGAAGAACAAGAAGAGGAAACUGAUUACGAAAUUGAGUCAAAAAAUACGACAUUACAAAAAGACGAUACUGUAAUCGAUCAAAAGAAUGAAAACGCGUCGUUGUUCAAAUCAGAACUCUUGAAAACGCGUCUUCUAGAAUUAGAGCGGGAAAUUGAGAUUUUCAGAAAAGAGAGUGCAGCACUUACUCUUCAAAGACAGAAACUUCAAGAAGAGCGCACAAACCUGCAAGAAGAACGCAUAAGUAUGCAAAGAAGUCUCAAGGUAAGAGAAGAAACCUUAGAGAUGGAAAAGAAGAAAACAGAGAGUAUAUUACAAGAGGAAAGAAAGCGAUUAGCCAGGGAAAAGGCUGCAUUAGAAAGCAGAAUGAAAGAUGCAUAUGAAAAAGCGCAGAAGAGCAAACAAGAGCGCCAAGAGAUACAAACCUUACGCGAUCAGUUGGAAGAAUUGAAGGAAGAGUACAGUCAAAAAGAAAGCAAAUGGUCCGCCACAAACGCGAGACAACGAAGCCAGAUGAGGGUAUUGCAGACAGAAAAUUCGAAACUGAAGCAGGAAUUGGAAAAGUUACAGCAGAAAAAAAACUCUAAAUUCAAAAGGCCAGUCGCUUCAUCAAACACAAAAGCUAUUCAUCAAAUCAACAAGUUCUUGGCGGAUCGUAAAAAAAUUUCACCGUUCAAAAACGAUGAUGCCUUCAACAUUGAGGAGGUAAAAGCACCUGAACUGGCUGAUGCCAACUACAAUGUUGAAGUUGAGAAUAUCGAAGAGGAACCUCAAGAACGGAAAAUUGAACAAGUGAAAAUAUUAAAAUCCGCGGAGAGUAUUGCCAGAACGCGAAAUUUGUACGAGAGUCUUCUGAGAGACGCUACCCAAGACUUCUCAGGGACCCAUACAGAAAGAAGAAGCUUGAUGAAUCAACAAACUAGUAGCCUAGGGCGAGCCUCUGUGGAUCAUUCAGAUGAUGAAGAGGACCUUUUCAAGGUGGAUUCUGCCACGGAUAAUAAUAGGAAUAAAUUGAAUAAUACAAAAUCUUUGUCGCCCAGAGCAGAGCAUGAUGAAUCAGAGAAUAAUGACGAUGAUAGAGACAGCAAACCUGAGCGACAGAAAUUCGAUAACAAUAAGCAAGGCAUUAGAGAAGUUCAUCAUCCCGAUGGCCGAGUCGAGUAUUGGUAUCCCAACGGAAACGUGAAAAAGGUUUUUCCUGAUAAGUGCCUUACAAAAACAAUUUACUACAAUGGCGAUGUUCGAGAAACUGACCAGAAUGGAACUGUUAAAUACUUUUACGCUGCGACGAGAACCUGGCAUACAACGAUGCCGGACGGCCUGGAAAUCUUAGAAUUCCCUGAUGGACAAGUCGAAAGAAGAUCUAAGGAUGGCACGAUUGAAUUCGCUUUUCCCGAUGGUUCUGUUAGAAUCGUACAGGCAGAUGGUUCCGAAAAAUGGGCCUUACGUGACGGAACAAUAGCGGAAACAUCGGCUGACGGUGAAAAAAUUAUGACUCUUCCCAAUGGACAACGAGAAAUUCAUACAAAAGAUCAUAAAAGACGUGAAUAUCCUGAUGGCACUGUAAAACUUGUCUAUCCUGAUGGGACCCAAGAAACUCGCUAUGCAAACGGUCGAAUUCGUCUCAAAGAUAAAGAUGGUACUCUCUUAAUGGACACACAUCAAUGACCAAAUGAACUUCCCACAAAGACUGAUAGUAGUUAAAUAUACUUCUUAACGAUUGAAACGUACAAUAGAACAUUCUCUGUGAAACGUUCUUCACAUUAAUAGCGCUGCGAUACUUAUAGUAUUUGUAUAAAUAGAGCAAUAAUGUAUAUUAUAUGGUAUAAGCUACGUGACAAUAUGAAAAGAUGAUUUUUGUAAUUUUUAUACGAAAAUACGUAAUAUUAAAUUCUCAUUUUAUAAUAA